AACCCUAACUCCCCAAAUCCGUAACCCUUAACGCAGCCCCAGUUGCAGCGCUCGGAGAGCCUCGCCUAAGCCGCCGCCGCUGCCGCCGCCGAGAAGGAAAAUGGAGUCGGCGAGGACCGUGAAAGAUGUUUUUCCUCAAGAGUUCGUCAAGGCUUACGCCGCUCACCUCAAGCGAUCCGGCAAGAUUGAGCUUCCACCUUGGACUGAUAUUGUGAAGACUGGUACACUUAAAGAGCUUGCACCUUAUGACCCUGAUUGGUACUACAUUAGAGCUGCUUCUAUGGCAAGGAAAAUCUAUCUGCGGGGAGGUCUUGGUGUUGGUGCCUUUCGCAGGAUUUAUGGUGGUAGCAAGAGGAAUGGCAGUCGUCCACCCCAUUUUGGGAAGAGCAGUGGUUCUGUAGCUCGUCACAUUCUUCAACAAUUGCAGGCCAUGAAAUUAGUUGACCAUGAUCCCAAGGGUGGAAGGAGAAUCACAUCGAAUGGCCAGAGAGAUCUUGAUCAAGUUGCUGGAAGAAUUGCUGUAGCUCAUUAAUGGAAUUCAGAUUUGGUGACCUCAUGAACACCUCAAAUACUUGUGUCCAUGACCCCAGAUGUUUGUUCCAUUUGUAGAUUCAGCAUACUUCAGAAUCAUAUUAAAUUUCGGGUUUAAAGGGAAGAAUUCUUGAAUGUGCGACCCGAUUUUGACCGUGCAACUUUUCCCUUACAAUUUGAUAACAGUGGUUACUUUUGCGUGGUUUCUUAGCUGCUUUUCUGUCUGAUGCAUUAUUUUAUCCGCCGCCAUUAUGAAAUGGAAUUUGUCUUCUAUGAAA